AUGGGGUUUCUUCAAACUUUUCUCCCGGCGAAUGAUCGCUAUGCCGCAUUGUUACUCUAUGGAAUGGUCUUCUCGACUUGUUUCAAUGGGUAUGAUGCUGGCAUUAUGACUGUGAUUUUGGCAGAUCCGCAGUUUACGACAUAUUAUGCGGUUAAUGCGACGAAACAGGGGGUUAUUGCUACGAUUCCUUGGGCGACUACUGGGUUUGCUCAAUUGUGUAUCGGAGGUCCAUUGGCAAGUUUGGUGGGUAGAUUAUGGGCAUUGAGAAUUUCUAUCACCGUUAUGAUUAUUGGAGUUAUAAUCCAAGUCGUCCCCAACACCUACGGCGUCCUCAUUCUCGGCCGUCUAGUAACCGGUCUUGGUUUCGGUUGCGUCUACAUAGCAACCAAUCUCUACGUGGCUGAAUGUGCGCCCCGCAGUCUGCGCGGUUCCUUCGUUGGAACCGUCUCUCAAUUCGGGUACCAACUCGGAACCUUCAUCGCCUUCUGGUCCGGCUACGGGAUGUCUUUCCACACCUCUCCCUUCAACAUCGCCUGGCGAGUCUCAAACGUCAUCCAAGUCCCCAUCGGCUUCAUGUUCAUCAUUCUCUCCUUCUGGUAUCCCGAAUCUCCUCGGUGGCUAUUAGAAAAAUAUCCCGACACUCCCGAACGCUCCCUAUCUACGCUCGCUAGACUGCGUUCCGGCACCGUCACAGACGAUCAUGUGCGUCUCGAGUUCCACGAAUUGAUGUCCUCGCACGAAUACCGUAAGAACUUCAAAACAGGAUACAUAGGACUCCUCUCCUCGGCCGGUAUGCGUAAGCGUCUCGCCUAUGGCGUGUACGCCAUGGCUCUGCAGCAAUUCGGUGGGAUAGCGGCUCUUACCAUGUACGCGGCUAUAAUCUACAAAUCGUUAGGCUGGGAUCAGGGACACCAAGCACUUGCUAUCAAUGGAAUACAAGCUGCGUUGCAAUUGGUUAUUGUACUCGUGAACACAUUCACCGUGGAUAGGUUUGGAAGGAAAAGCUUGUUGAUUGCGGGAUUUGCUAUUCAGAGUAUGGCGCUUUUGAUACUCAGUAGUUUGACAACUGCGUAUCCGGAUAAUUCGAACAGGAGUGCGGCGAUAGCUGAAGUGGCUAUCUGUUGGUCCAAUGGUCCCGUAACACCAGCCAUCGCAUCAGAAAUUUUCCCCCAAGAAGUUCGUGAUAAGGGAUUUGGUCUUUCGCUUCUGGGACAAACUGUUUGCUUAUUAGCUCUCACACAACCGUGGCCAAGAUUCAACGACGAAGUUGGCGGAAAGAGUUAUUGGUUGCUGUUCAGUUUGAAUGUUGUUGCUCUGAUCUCCGUAAUUCUUAUUCUUCCCGAAACCAAAGGCAUGUCACUAGAGCGUAUGGAUGCUAUUUUCGGCGAAGUAGAUGCCGUCGCCGCUGGCGAAACCGAGACGAGCGCUGAGAAAAUCGAGGCAAGAACUUAUGCUAGUGGUGUCGCCGUUAGUGGGGAUGAAAAGGCAGAGAAUAGAGAACAUGUUGAGCGGUCUGAUUCGCAUUAA